CGCUGCUCGGAGCUGCGGUGCAGGCAGGAGCAGCUGCAGAGAGCAGGGACCGCGGACAACAACGGACACGCUCCCGCUGAAGUCUCCAACGCAACAUUCGCCUCAUCGCCGAUCUGACGUCCACAAAUCUACGCUUGUGAUAUUUUUUUCUUCGGUGGUUGCAUUUUCUCUAUUUUUUUUUUAUCACGCAUGCGUGGGAUUAUAUUUCACAUUGUGUCGACCUGAAAUGACUGCUGCUGGUCGCCGCGUCUAGCCAAUGGUUACUGCGGGGGCUCCUGUCUUGUGGAUUAUCCGUCGUCGCCGAGCCAGUCGCAUGGUCGAGCCCGGAGGAGGCCCCGCUCUGCUGGGUGGAUGUGUGUGAGGCACCGCCGGACUGCGAGUGCUGAUGAAGACGGUGAUAGUGAUGAUGCUCGGGCUUCGUCGGCAGUGGGCGAACUGAUCUUGGAUGUUCGGGCCACAUCGCCCCGACACAAACCAUUUCCUCACACAGCAAACAUUCAAUUGCUUAAAAACUGGACGCCCCUGGAGCAGUUUAUGACGACCCUGGUAGGAGCGUGAUGAGCGCGCGCUUCCGCUUGCCUGCUGGCAGAUCCUACAAUGUCCGGGCGACGGAGCUGGAGCGAGACAGGCCGCACACACAGGUUGUGUGCAACAUACUGCUGCUGGACAACACUGUCCAGGCAUUCAAAGUCAGCAAGUCGGACCAUGGCCAGCUGCUGCUGGAUGCUGUCUUUAAGCACCUGGAGCUGACUGAGAGGGACUACUUCGGGCUGCACUUGGCUGAUGACUCCUCAGAUACACCGCGCUGGCUCGAUCCCAACAAGCCCAUCAGGAAACAGUUAAAAAGAGGCUCUCCCCAUAACUUGAGCUUCAGAGUCAAAUUCUUUGUGACAGACCCGGGUAAACUUCAGGAAGAAUACACACGAUAUCAAUAUUUUCUUCAGAUCAAGCAGGAUAUAUUAACUGGAAGAUUGCCCUGUCCACACAACACAGCCGCACUGCUGGCGUCCUAUGCUGUUCAAUCUGAGAUAGGGGACUACAGCGAAGUGGAGCAUAGUUCUGGCUAUCUGUCUGAAUACUGCUUCAUCCCCAACCCCCCACAAGACUUCCACAAAGAGGUCGCCAAACAUCACCAGCAGCACAGCGGUCUAUCUCCUGCCCAGUCAGAGUUUAAUUAUCUGAACACAGCACGCUCGCUGGAGCUCUACGGGGUAGAGCUGCACUAUGCAAGGGACCAGAGCAACACAGAGAUUCUCAUCGGGGUGAUGUCCGCUGGCAUUGUGGUUUUCAAGAACAGGGUACGGAUCAACUAUUUCCCAUGGUUAAAAAUAGUGAAAAUCUCCUUCAAGUGCAAACAGUUCUUCAUCCAGCUGAGAAGAGAGGCGGCUGAGACCCGGGAGACACUGCUGGGUUUCAACAUGGUCAACUACCGGGCCUGUAAGAACCUGUGGAAGGCCUGCGUGGAGCACCACACCUUCUUCAGGCUGGAGCGGCCCAUCCCGCCACAGAAGAACUUCUUCGCUCACUACUUCACCCUGGGCUCAAAGUUCAGAUACUGCGGGCGGACAGAGGUGCAGUCUGUGCAGUAUGGAAAGGAGAAGGGCAUCAAGGACCGAGUAUUUGCCAGGUCUCCCAGCAAGCCACUGGCCAGAAGGUUGGUGGGUGGAAUGGACUGGGAGUCGGUCAGCAGGAACAGCCUAUCAGAUGAGAGACUGGAAACCCAGAGCCUGCCCACUCGCUCGCCGCCUGGGACGCCCAAUCAAAACUCGCUGUUUGUUCAAGAUGGCACACGACUACGCCCUUCAUCUGUCGGACACCUGGUUGACCACGUGAUCCACGCUUCACCCAGCUUGCCUGUCUUCUCCUCAAAUCACAAGUCUGCGUCGUCCACGCAGGCAAACAGCAUCAGCCUGGACUCUACACCGUCUCCUGAGGGGAUAGACGGUCAGCCUCCAGCUCUGCCUCCCAAGCAGCUGAGUAGGAAGACCUUGAGCCAGAUCAUCCAGGCCCACUCUCAACAGAGCCUCCUGGACAACCACCUCAACGAGAUGUACGACGUUCCCGUCAAUGCUGACAAGACAACGCUGAAUGGAGUCGUCCCUCAUGAUAAUUUGGUCCUCAUCAAGAUGAGACCAGAUGAGCACGGACGAUUCGGCUUCAAUGUGAAGGGUGGAGCUGACCAGAAGAUGCCUAUCAUCGUGUCGAGAGUAGCUCCGGGAACAUCAGCGGACCUUUGCGUGCCCCGCCUCAACGAGGGCGACCAGGUGGUCUUGAUAAACGGGCGGGACAUCUCUGACCACACCCAUGACCAAGUGGUCAUGUUCAUCAAGGCUAGCUGUGAGAGCCACUCUGGGGAGCUCAUCCUAUUGGUCAGACCAAACGCCAUCUAUGACGUGGUGGAGGAGAAGGCGGAUUCGGAGCCAGAUUUUCAGUACAUCCCUGAGAAGUCCCCUCAGGACCCCACCCAGCUAGACCAGCAUGCUUUGAGGGACUCUAUGGUAGCACUGAAGGAAGGCCUGAGCGGCGGAGCCAUACUGGCCCAGUUUGAUCAACUGUACAGGAAGAGGCCGGGGAUGACAAUGCUGUGUGCCAAAUUACCUCAGAACGUUUCCAAAAAUCGCUACAGAGACAUCUCUCCUUACGAUGCCACGCGGGUCAUUCUGAAAAGCGCAGAUGACUACAUCAAUGCAAAUUACAUCAAUAUGGAGAUUCCAGCCUCCAGUCUGAUAAACCGCUACAUAGCAUGCCAGGGCCCACUGCCCAACACCUGCCCUGACUUCUGGCAAAUGACCUGGGAACAAGGCUCAUCUAUGGUUGUCAUGCUGACUACGCAGGUCGAGAGGGGGAGGGUGAAGUGUCAUCAGUACUGGCCCAACCCAGACAGCACCACCACCUACGGAAACUUCACAGUCACAUGCCACAACGAAGAGGGCAACUCUGCCUUCCUGGUCAGAGAGAUGACUCUUGUGCACAUGCAGAGUGAGCAAGAGAGAGAGCUGACUCAGAUCCAGUACCUGGCGUGGCCUGACCACGGAGUUCCCGAUGAUUCCACUGAUUUCCUGGACUUUGUGGCUCUGGUACGGACUAAACGGGCUGGACAGGACCAGCCAAUGGUGGUGCACUGCAGUGCGGGAAUUGGUCGGACGGGGGUUCUCAUCACCAUGGAGACGGCAUUGUGUCUAAUGGAGUGUGGUCAGCCAGUGUAUCCUCUAGACAUCGUCAGGACUAUGAGAGACCAGAGAGCCAUGAUGAUACAAACACCUAGCCAGUACCGCUUUGUGUGCGAGGCCAUCCUGAAAGUCUACGAGGAAGGUCUGGUCAAACCACUACAGACCUCCAUCUACCAGCAGAGAGAAAAGGUGAAUGACGAGAGAGGGGAGGAGGAGCAGAGGGAGCAGCAGAUAGAGGGAGAGGAGAAGGAAGAGACGGCAGAGGCGGAGGACGACGAGGCGGGAAUGGUGGAGUUGCUGGAGGGAGGGCUGGACGAAGAGGACGACGAUGACGAGGAGGUGGAGGUGCUGGACGUGGGUGAAGUGACAGAAGAGGGGGAGGAGGAGGAGGAGGAAGAAGAGGAGGAGGAAAUGGAGGAGCCGAGCGUUGCGAGCGCCACCAGCGUGACGAGCGAGACCAGCGCUAACCCUGACGCCGAUCAUGCUAACCUGUGACGUUUUGACCUCCAGGGGUCAUCAGGGGGUUACCAGGAGUGCAGGUGGUCGGAGUGGAGAACAAAAAGCACUGUUGCACUUUAUGCUGAUUUAAAAUGGAAAAAAAAGACAAACAAACAAAACGUGAAAAUCAAGGACAUGUUAGAAUUUUUUAAAAAAGACAUCCAGCUGUGUUGACUAGGUACCAUUAGGGAAUAUUGUAUGUUCAGGGUAAAGAAAAAAAGUAUACAAAGAACGAGAAGAUAAAAGUACGAGAGAGUAAAAUGUGGAUGGGGAAUUGCUGUAGUGCCAUAAGUAUGAAGGGGAAGGGCCGCCCCCAUGGAUGGAAGCCCCCUGCCCUUUUAAUUCUCUUUUAUUUUUUUCCUAAAGGGUUGCCCUGUCCCCUUCUCAGCGAGUCUGCCAGACGGACCUGCCUUUUUUUAGUGUCCUUUUAGCUGAUAAAGAGAUAAACCUUAUCUUUUGUUCUUCAGAAAGAGUAUUUAUUGUGUUUUAGUUUGUGUCAAACCCUGUCCACUGAACAAAAAAAGUUGUAUGUUUUGUUUGUAUGAGUCUAAGGCUUCACGCUUUUCCUGAUUAAAUCUUAGGUAGUAAAGUAGUGUGAUUCCUCUUCUUCUAACUACUUCCUUAUUUCUUUUUUUUAAAAACUUUUUUGUGGAUAAAAAAACAGUGAUUUAAUUUAUUGUACUAUUGGUUUUUAUCUUUCUCAGCUUUCUCGUCUACGUUUCUGACAGACUGACAGCAGAAAGCGCCUCGUGUCUCACCUCUCGUUCUAUGCUGUGGCGAGUCAGAUCCCUCGUCGCGCUUUGUGCUGUGUUUUUUGAGCUUACAGACACGCGUGUGCUCUGAAGUGGCCGUUGUUUGGUGCGGUGAGGAGUAGAGCUGGUUUACAAUCCUCAGGGCCUGUGUUUACUGGGCACCUCCCUGUCACUCCCGUACUAGUCACAGCAGCUGCUGUUGAGCUAUGACUAUACGCUGAGCUAGAAAUGUUUUAAUUUGACUAUUGAUCGAUUAUUUCAUGAUAUAUGUUGAACCUCCUUGGAUUUAACACAAGAAAACAAAGAUGGUGUCCCAAAGAGAGGCCCCAGCAGACACAUGGUCGCACUGAGAUACAAUCUAAGCUAUGUCCCUGAUAAAGCUAAGAAACGAUCCUGAGGUCAGUUCUUUCUUCAAAUUCUUACCCAGUAUAUUUUUUUCCCACAAGGUUUCUCAGAAAGCUUUUUCUUGUUGAGCUGACAGUGAACUGAUCUCAACCUUUGUGUGGCAAAACCUGAACCGUUAGCAGCUCCCUCCAUUGGCCUCCCCUUCUUUUUUCUUUUUCCACAUCCAGAGACCAAGACUUUUGUAACCUGUGAAGUGGAGCAAACCCACGAACCUGCUCACGCUCAUGACUCAUUGCUUUAUAUGAGCGAUUGUCAUUAAACCAAGUAAACUUUUUGUUUAAAGUCCUUGCGGAGUACUUUUUUGCUAAGCUCCAGUGGGGUGGCAAGGUCAAAGGAGCGGAGCUUACAACCAACUGAAGAAUCUGAUCUAAAUGUGUGUGUGCCUGCCAGGGAACAGUUGACAGUUCAAAGAAGCAGCACAAACAGAUCAGUCAACUAUUACUUUACCUUUAUUUUAUGUUAAAUACUGAUCUUUUACAGUGGUACUUCAUCAUUUUGAAGGCACGUGUUGUUUUUAAAAGAAUGAUGUGUUAUGAUUGAUAAGUGACUGAGUGAUGACUUGUAAUUUUAAUUCACAAAACCCAGCAUCAAGUUGCCCGUUGAGUCUUUUUUUAAUUGUCGAAGGACAGGUUGAGCUGUCAAUGGGUUUUUUCGGGAUGGAUUGGAGUUUAAGCCUCUUUAUAAUUUGAGAUAUUUUUUCAUACCGACUGCUUCAGUUCCUGCUGUCAUUGGCUCCUACAAUGGACUCUGCUGGAAAAACCUACUGCUGUGUGUGUGUGCGAGUGUGUGCGCGCAUGUGUGUGUGUGUGUGUACUCAACCUCUCUCUCUCUUUCUCUGCCAUUUAUGAAAUAUAGUUUAUCCGCUGUCUGGUCUACGCCUGCUUGUUCGUUAACUGGAAUGAAAGGUUGUGCCAUAAAGCCAUAAACCUAAACUAAACCUGAUCUCAAGUUUUUUUGACAAAUGCGAAGAGCCUUCGUGAAGAGUCAUAUUUUGUUAGAGCCUAAAUUCAAAACUGUGCUCAUACCUCCUCUUUUCAAACCAGCUGAGUCAUACUUCUGCCACAUGUAGAGGUGGGAAUAAGAGCAUUUAAAACUGCUUUCCUCUUCACUCUAUUUUUGAAAAAAAAAAAUCUGUCCUGUAUUGCGACACUCUCCCAAAAAAACUCCCCUUGGUCAACAUCAGUCAUUUUUGCACAGCCCACACAACAUCCACAGUCCAUUCUUCUCAUUGCUUCCCCCCCCCCCCCAGAUGCCGCUCUCUCUGUUUUUGGAUCAUUAUACACGGAUCCCACUCUCUGCACGGCCUCAAGGCGAGUGACACAUCUGAGCAGAUUAGCACGGGUACAGUAGAAGCAGUUCAGGAGGACAAACAUGCUAAUGGGUGAAUACAUUGCAGAUCGCUACAUGCAGCAGCUUUUAAUCGAAUGAACAAAAAAAAUAAUAAUUGGCCUCAAGUGGCUCCUUUCCAUCAGUUGUUGUACCUGAAGACUGGGCUGAUCAAAUCAGAAUCAAUCCACUCUUCAGUUACAGUUCAGAAAAAUUGUCACUGCAGUGAAAACGUUGUUCAUGGAUAAGUGAGGGCUGCUAGAUUUUCCAUCUGCACAAAAUGUUCAACAAUGAGGUGUCUGUGUUCCAAGUGUUUCGACGUUGACUCAUUAUCGGUACUGUCUGUGCAUUUAGGGUACUGAUCAAAUGUAGUUUGGAGGGUACCGGACAUGGGGAGGUUGGGUUAGUUGUAUUUUUGUAAAGAUGAAAAAACAGUUCUAGUCGGGUAGGGAAAGGACAGCACUUUGUAGAAGGCUUAGUGGCAGGUAGUGCUACUGAAAUAAAUGAAAAAAAAAAGUUGGAGACAUAAAGCAUUGUUAAAAUCAGUUGUUGAUGAGUUGUUUAUUUCUUUUAAUUUAUCAUUUUUAUUUUGUUUGAAAAUAAAGACACCUGUAGGGAACCAGAAAAAGAACUCCUAACUACACAGUGCCACUUGUUAAUUUUGUGUAAAUAAUACUAGAUGUAAAUACAAUGUUGUAUAUGAAAAAAAAAUCUUUAAAAUAAAAGGGAAAAUCAUUUGUGAGCAGGAA